AGUAAGAGGCGAAGUGUAAAUUCCAGAGCUGAGUUUUUAUCAUUAUGGUAUAGUGAGCGAUAAGAACUCGAGCUUGUUUUACAGUUCCAACUACCGGAUGGACAUUACAACCCAAAAACUCUGUUUUUCUAAGUUUUUCGCCACCUGAACUGAAGUUCACUGAGCCUACCUCACGCAUCCACAGCGUUCACCGAUCGAGAACAGCUCGGACUCCGCUGUUUUUCCAAAAUAAUUAGAAUGAAGUUUCGAGCAAAACUCCUCGCUCUCAGCAUAGUCGCGGCGAUAACGGCUUUCAUUUGGAGAGAUACGUUUGUUGCAGAGUCCAUUCGAGGGGCGAAGGUGCUGGUGACGGGGGCCAGCACGGGAAUCGGAGAGCAGAUGGCCUAUCACUACGCCCGCCUUGGUGCUCAAAUCGUCAUCACGGCGCGGAGAGAGAGCGUCCUGAAAGAGGUGGCGGAGCGGUGCCUGGAGCUCGGAGCGCAGAAGGCCCUGUACGUGCCGGGCGAUAUGGGCACUAUGGCCGACCCUGAGAGCGUGGUGAAGUUCGCGGUGGAAGCGCUGGGAGGACUGGACUACUUGGUGCUGAACCACAUUGGACCCAGCCCGUAUGAAAUGUGGAACCGCGAUAUCGAGCACGUCCGGUGGCUGAUGCAGGUGAACUUUUUUAGCUACCUGCAAAUGACCACCUCUGCCCUACCCCACCUGGAGGACAGUGGGGGGGCCAUCAUUGUGGUUUCCUCCUUAUUGGGGAAAAUGUGCAAUCCGUUCGUGGCGCCCUACUCCGCCACCAAGUUCUCCCUGAACGGCUUCUUCGGAACUCUGCAGCAUGAGCUGGCCAUGCAGAGGAAGAACGUCUCCAUCACCAUCUGCGUCCUGGGCCUGAUCGACACGGACAACGCCAUGGAGAAAAUCAAAGACUACAGCAGCCUUCAUCACAUUGCCUCCCCGGCCUCCGACGCUGCCCUGCACAUCAUCAGCGCCGGAGCCACGCGGCAGAAAGAGUCCUUCUUCCCCUUCUACGUGUACUUCAUCACUCUGUUCAGAGACUGGUUCGCCUUCUUCAGAGACCUGACCAUCCAGAACUCAUACCACUAUGAGCCAUAACUGUCCCACACACACACACACACACACACACACACACACACACACAUUUCUGCCUCAGGAUUUUAUUUACAUUGUGUUUCUUCGUUGUGCUAAUAUUGAGCCAAAGGGAUUGAGGCUGAGUAAACCGUUCAGUUUUGCCCUUGAUACAGAUACCUUUGACCUUUGCCCUCAUCCAGGCACGUCAUGUUGACAGUCUGAUAAGCACAACCAGAGAUAAUCUAUUGGACAUGAGAUAUGCCACCUCAAAGUUUCCCAGUUAGUGUGACAUUGGCAGUAGAUGUUAAGUUGUAGUUGUAGAGGUGUUGGUAGACAAAGAAUUGUAAAAGCUGUUUUCAGUUCGGCCCAGAUGAGAUCUCAUGCCUGUGCGUUUUGUGUUGUAAUAUCACUGUUAUCCACAAGGUGGUGCUGCUAUCCAACAAAGCAAUGUCCGUGUUCUUUCACUUUCAUAAUUUGAGUCAAUGGGGUUUGUUUCUCCUCAAUUACAUCAGAACCAGUCGUGGAAUAGCUCCAGCCAUUUUGUAAUUGUAUUUUGCCGAAAGAGUGUCUGUUUGACAAUCCUCCCCUAUGGACACUU